AUGGCUGGCAACAAUGUGUUUCUUCUUUUGUUCAUGGUGUGCCUCUCGGCUAGUGGUGCAACUGCGACAAGGGAGCUGAACGGCUACAGCAAGGCGCCAGGCCAUAACAUUGCAGCAAGGCUUGAUGAGGCUAGUUUAGUUUCUGUUAACUGUUGGAAUGUACUAUAUCAGUUCACUCCUUGCGGGAUUGAGAUUGUUCGCUUCUUCAUCAAUGGCCGAAAUGGUAUUAUUCGUGACUGUUGCAACGCCAUUCAGGACAUGGAGCAUUGCGAGCCUGGCAUGCUCAUUUCUCUUGGUUUCUCAUAUGAGGAGGAAAAAGCCCUUAUAAGCUAUUGUGAUGCAUCUUUAGGCCGUGCUGCUGCUCCUCUUGCUGCCUCUCCGCUCAGUGCGGAAGCCUUCAUUUAG